CCUCGCUUCUGGCUCAAGCCGCAAUAAUCUUGAACGGCAAUCUAGGAGGAUAAGGUCGCUCUCAUACACACACAGUUACACUGAAGUUUGUGUUCUGGCAGUGACAGGAUCAAAGGGGAUGCAAAAAGAUGUCACUGCAGGUGCUGAAGUUUCCUAUAUCAAGCCGUUAUAUUACUUCUCUUUGCUCUGAGGUGAGAUGGGUCAAGGCCCACAUGCGUUAUCCCAGUAGAAGCUUUACCGCUACUGCUGACAGAUCAGGAAAGGUUCAACCUCAGAAGAAGAAAAGGAGGCUGGAUGAGAUAUGCCUUGAAAGGUUUCAGCAGUACAGCCGAACCUUCAUACAGUCAUGGAUCCUACAAGGAAAAGUUUUUGUUGACGGAAAAGUAGUAAACAAGGCUGGAACACCUGUAUCUGAUAAAGCUUUAGUUGAGAUCAAGGCUGAAGUUCCAAAAUAUGUAUGUAGAGCAGGACAUAAGUUAGAGGCUGCCAUUGAACAACUCGGUGUUGAUGUUGCUGGCAGAGUAGCUCUUGAUUCAGGGUUGUCUAGAGGAUUUACAGACUGCUUGCUUCAGUAUGGUGCUUCAUUUGUUUAUGGAGUUGAUGUAGGAUAUGGACAGGUGGCAGACAAAAUUCGGCGAGAUGAACGUGUCAGUGUUGUAGAACGGACAAAUUUAAGAUAUCUUUCUGGACUCCCACAAAAAGUUGAUUUGGUGACAUUGGACCUUUCAUUCAUCUCCAUACUCUUGGUCAUGCCUGCUGUUUUAAAUGUAAUGAAGGAAGAAUCUACAUUAGUUACCCUGGUUAAGCCUCAAUUUGAGGCUCGCAGAUCCCAAGUAGGAGGAGGAGGAAUCGUGAGAGAUCCCUUAGUCCAUCAGGAGGUUCUUGAAAAGAUCAUCCAAGGCGUAAAAGAUUUAGGAUUCCACUGCAAAGGGUGGAUUGAGUCUCCACUAAAGGGUGCCGAGGGUAAUACCGAGUUUCUAGUUUGCUUUAACCGAACAGUUACUGAAGUUGCAGAUUGAAAUGCAACCAAAAAAGCUGUAACUGCUGCAUGAGUGGGAACAAUUAUUCAGGAAUGUAACGUGCAGAAAACUUGUUUCCUAUGGUUGUAUUUUAAGGUUUGAAAAUACACGUGGCUGUAACCUUUUUGGGAAGAAAAAAAAAAAAAAAGCAAUAAUGAGUGCUUCCUAUGUAUGUUUUUAACUUUUAAGAUAUGAAAAUACAUGUGGCUGUGAUUUUUUUGAAAAAAUAAAUAAGUGAAGGAUUUUAGCAAUGGUAA